AUGGAUCUCCAAGGAAACCCUAUCCCUUCUGGCCAGAGAGGCGUCAAGGUCACCAACGACCCCAGGUCCGACCGCCCCAUCAACGAGCCCUCCGGACCUGUUCUUAAGGACUCUCUUGCCGCCGAGUCCGUGAGCGGCGGCGGCGCAUUCAACGAGAAUCGCGGCGCCGCACCCUUAGGUGCAACCAGCCAAAACACCACAACAAACACAACCGACACAUCCGCAGCCACAAAGCUUCCCUCAGCAAGCGACGCCCGAGACCGUGCUGAACCUUACGGCCAGCAGAAAUACCCCGAAGCCCUCGGAGGCCAGGGGGACUACCCUGGCGCCCACGGAUCCGGAUACGUUGGUGGACCAACGGCCGCAAAGAAGGACCUAGGAAUCAACAAGAACGAGUACCCGGCUUCUGAGAAGCUCGGCAAGUCCCAAUCCCAGUCUAAGACACAGGCUCCCGCUAGCGGAAGUGGAUAUUCGACUCGAAGCGCGACUGCUGCGAAGAAGCAGCAGGACUACUCAUCUGCCGCUGCUGGUCAGGGUAGUGAAUUCCCCGACGACCCGAAGUACAACGCUAGCUUCAACUCUGAGAUCGGUUCUGAUCAGGACCCAGGCCGCUUGGCCGAGCAGAAGUUCCAGCGACGGGAGGCUGAGACUGUUGCUGCUGCUGCUGCGCCGGCUCAGAAGAAUACCGGUGAUCAGAAUUGGUACCAGGCUUUGAGUAAUGACCAGCGUGCCUGA